AUGCGUUCCUGUGUAUAUGUCGCCCCCUUGUGGCUAUCGCUGCUCAUAACGGUUCUGUCCCGUGCGCUGGCCGCGAAAUGUCCGCGUGUCUGCGUCUGUGACCACACCAAACUCACCGUGGCCUGCACCGGGAAGAAUCUGUCGCACGUCCCACCCACUAUAGAUGAGAUCACAGUGAAGCUGGAUCUGAAGAAGAAUAACCUGAGACUGCUGUCUAAAGGCUCUUUCCAGAACACUCCAUACCUCACCCACCUUACCCUGCACUCCUCAAAAAUCCACUCCAUCCAGGAGGGAGCCUUCCGCGGGCUCGGACGUCUGGUCCAACUGGACCUCACCAACAAUAACAUCGAGAUCCUGUACCAGGAGUGUUUUGAUGGUCUGUCCUCGCUGAAGCAGCUGCUGCUGGAUCGUAACCGUAUAGAGGAGAUCCAGCCAGGAGCAUUCAUGCAGCUGGGUUCCCUGAACACGCUGUCUCUAACCCAGAACCAGCUGGUCUACCUUCCAAACCUGGUCUUUCAGGGCCUGCUCAGCCUACAGUGGCUCAAACUCAGUCACAACGCCCUCAGUAACCUAGCAACCGAGGCCUUGACUGGGAUGCCAGCGCUGACACGACUCAGUCUGGAACACAACGAACUCCAGUUCUUCCCCACACAGCCCAUGAGCAGACUGACGGAGCUGACUCGUUUGGAGUUGAGUUUUAACCCUAUGACAUAUCUGGGUGAAGAGAGUGUGUCUAUGCCCAAACUCAGAGAGCUGUACCUGGACCGUCUGUCUCUGCAGGACCUGUCUGACUCUGCACUGCUUCAUACACCACUGCUCACACACCUGGACCUCAGUCACAACCAGCUCCACGGCAUGGAGCCCCCGCUGGGCCCCGCAGAACUGGAGAGACUCAAUCUAACUGGGAACCCGCUGCUCUGCACCUGUUUCCUGCAACCUCUGAGACAGUGGGCUAGGGCAGGGCGUGUCAGGGUUUUGGGGUCUUGUUUGGGACCCCCACAUCUCUCUGAUGAGCCCCUGGAAGAGGUGAAAGUGGAGGAUUUACGGUGCAGACGACAGGAAAGCGUGAGAGAGGAAGAGGAGGAGGAGAAAGAGGAGGUGGAGAAAGAGGAGGUGGUGAAGACAAAGAUGAAGGAGGAGGGAAAAUGUCCAGACAAGUGUCUGUGUGAGCCGGAGGCCCAGUACGUGUCGUGUGAAGAGGGCGGUCUCUCCAAAAUCCCCCGCGGUUUCCCUGACCACACACUCCUGUUAGACCUGCAUGGCAACCACUUCCGCCACCUCCCCAGCAACAGUUUCCAUGGCGUCUCUCGGGUGAUCUCGCUUCACCUGAAAGGCUGUAUGAUCCGUGAGAUUGACGGAGGAGCGUUCCGUGGAAUGAAGGAGUUGAUCUAUCUCUACCUCUCGGAAAAUGAGCUCACUUCCCUGGACACGGACACGUUUACAGGAGCCCCCGAAAUCAUGUACCUCCACUUGGAGGAUAACAAACUCACUCAUUUCCCCUCUAAAGCGGUUUUAGAACAUAUUCCUAACCUCUUAGAACUACACCUAGAACGAAACCUCAUUGCGAAGUUAGAACCGGCUGGCUUACUCUCGCCUGUUCGAUUCUUAAGGGGUCUCUUUCUGACCAGCAAUGCUCUGGAAUCCAUAGAUCGCUCCGCCUUCGAUCCCUCCCCUCAUCUGGAGGUACUUCAUCUGGGAGCCAAUAAGCUUGCAGGGGUGCCCAGUGAUGCUCUAAGCCACGCCUCUCAAUUAAGUGAGCUUCGUCUGUCUGGGAAUCCGAUUCGCUGGGUGGGAAAGGAAGCGUUUUUGCGUGUAGCCGGGAGUCUGAAACACCUUUUCCUGGAUGGGAUGGGCCUAGAGGGGAUGUCUCAGGACUCGUUGGCAGGCUUGGGCCAUGCGCUGGUCUCUCUGUCUCUGGAGCAAAAUCAGCUGGAGCUGCUGCCAGAUCUGAACCCUCUCAGCAGCCUGGAACUGAUCAGCAUCACCAACAACACCUUACUGUGUGACUGUAACCUACUGCAGCUACGCAGAUGGAUGGAGAGGACGAGACUGGAAGUGUCGGCUACGUGUGUUUACCCUCCUGAGCUGAGAGGUCAAAACGUCCUGGAAAUCAACAUUUUUGAAAGCUGUGCAGAUGUGACCUCUGACCCUGAAAGCACAUCCCCAAAGCCCCCAAAAUCCACCAAACCGAAACCCACACUACUCAAGACCACACCUGUUGAGAUCAGGUCUAAAGCUGGACCAUUGCCUGCCAAACCCCAAACCAAAUCAGCAGAUCACAAACCAAAACCCAAAUCCACAAAACGCAAACCAGUGGAUCACAAACCAAAACCCAAAUCCACAAAACGCAAACCAGUGGAUCACAAACCAAAACCCAGGUCCACAAAACGCAAACCAGUGGAUCACAAACCAAAACCCAAAUCCACAAAACGCAAACCAGUGGAUCACAAACCAAAACCCAGGUCCACAAAACGCAAACCAGUGGAUCACAAACCAAAACCCAGGUCCACAAAACGCAAACCAGUGGAUCACAAACCAAAACCCACAUCCUCAAAACGCAAACCCACGUAG